AUGUUAAACGGACAGGAAGAAUAUCCUAGCCGUAGAAGUAUGCAGUAUAUAGUUGAUGAAGUCGAAAGAGCAGUAACAAUUCAGCUUGACGGGGAGGAGUUUACCAUAGAAUUUCUUGAUGUUCUUCCAUGGGAUGAUACUACAGAUCAUGAUAUAGAAUUAACAGCCGAUGCUUAUGUUGUGAUAUAUUCCGUUAUUGACAGAACAACGUUUGAUGCCGCUGUUCAGAGCUUGUACAAGUUACGGCAUGGUCUGGGUAUAGACAGACCCAUUGUACUCGUUGGCAAUAAAAUUGACCUGGUUAGAAAACGAAAAUUGAAGAAAGAAGAUGUAAGAUCUAUAUCUCGCACAUACGACUGCAUCCCGUUUGAAACAUCACCAGACGACUAUACGGAACCGGAAAUGAGAAGACGUGAUAAAAAAGGCCCAGGUGGAUUUUUAGGAAAACUGUAUCGAAGACUAAGCAGGAAAGGCAGACCUAAAAAAUAAAAUUUUCCUUAUUUCCUUUCUCUUUAAUUAUGCAAGACAUGAGAAACGUCAAUGUGUUAGGACUGAAUUUGGCGAGAUUAUUCUGUUGUGUCCACGUCCGUCCUUGUGUUAUAUCAUGCACGAUGAAAUCAGAAGUACGACUUCACUUGUAUAGUCAGUAAGGUAGAUAUUUAGACCAACAACUUUUUCUCGAAAUCAAAUAUCUUUUAUAUUUUCCUUUAAGUGCAUCAUUUGAGCAUUUGUGUUAAUCAUUUUACCGUUCUUGAAUUUCCUGAACCUAAUUUUAUUGAAUUCCUUUAAAGUCAAUUGCUGACAAUUUGAAAAGGGUGAUUUUUAUAAUUCAAAACACAUAAUUAUAAGGUUUUAUUUUCAUGUAUAAACGUAAAACGUCUCCCACAUAUUUCGUAUAGAUUAUAUCACCUUUAUCAUGGCCUGGUCCUCAUGAAGCAAAACAUUUGUUCUUAAUUUGUAUGAAAUAAUCGUAUGUAUAUACGUGCUUGCAAAUCAGGUUUCAGUAUUUAUAACUUAAAAUAUCCGAGCGUUACAGUUUUGA